AUGAAAAGAUGCUGCCUAAAUACACACAAUUUUAAUUCUAUCUAUCUAUCUAUCUAUCUAUCUAUCUAUCUAUCUAUCUAUCUAUCUAUCUAUCUAUCGCAAUCAGUAUCUAUCUAUCUGUCUGUCUGUCACAAUCAGUAUCUAUCUAUCUAUCUAUCUAUCUAUCUAUCUCUUUCUAACCUUAAAUUUUGCUUAAAUCCUACUUGUUUCAUCCAAUUUUUGCAUGCAUCUUUUCUGACUGUCUUUUUCCAUCCAUCUAUCUAUCUAUCUAUCUAUCUAUCUAUCUAUCUAUCUAUCUAUCUAUCUAUCUAUCUAUCUAUCUCAGCCUCUUCAUUAUCUCUCUAUCUAUAUUAUUCUCUUCGUUAUCUAUCUAUCUAUCUAUCUAUCUAUCUAUCUAUCUAUCUAUCUAUCUAUCUCAGACUCUUCAUUAUCUCUCUAUCUAUGAUAUAUUAUUCUCUUCGCUAUCUUUCUCUCGCUCGCUCACUCUAUCUAUCUAUCUAUCUAUCUAUCUAUCUAUCUAUCUAUCUAUCUAUCUAUCUAUCUAUCUCAGCCUCUUCAUUAUCUCUCUAUCUAUAUUAUUCUCUUCGUUAUUUAUCUAUCUAUCUAUCUAUCUAUAUCUAUCUAUCUAUCUAUCUAAAAAUAUCUAUCUCUUAUCUAUCUCAGACUCUUCAUUAUCUCUCUAUCUAUCUAUCCUCAAACUUAUUCUCUUCGCUAUCUUUCUCAAAUGAAAUUUCUUUUUCUCGCAAUGCUCUUUCUAUCUAUCUAUCUAUCUAUCUAUCUAUCUAUCUAUCUAUCUAUCUCAGCCUCUUCAUUAUCUCUCAUAUCUAUAUUAUUUCUUCGUUAUCUAUCUAUCUAUCUAUCUAUCUAUCUAUCUAUCUAUCUAUCUAUCUAUCUCAGCCUCUUCAUUAUCUCUCUAUCUAUAUUAUUCUCUUCGUUAUCUAUCUAUCUAUCUAUCUAUCUAUCUAA